AUGGAGCAAGGAGAUGCCAUCGAUUACUUUCUAAACAAUCCGCGAGAAAUCGGUUACGUAGACUGUGAAGGAGAUACCCACCUGCAUCUCGCUGCCAGAGCCGGUGAUAGCGAAGUCGUCGAAUUCUUGAUAAAUAAUGGCGUUGACGUCAACGCUGUGAAUUCGUUCGGAGACACGCCUAUUCUCAUGGUGACUCCGGGCGAUGAUCGGAUGAGAAAAGUCGUCGAUCUUCUCAUACGCGAAGGUGCAAACGUCGCUCACAAAAACCGCCGCGGAAUUAACGCACUCAUAUUGUUUAGAAAGAAAUUCAUGCCGAGAAGCAAGAAGUGGUUCGGCAGAGAGGUAUGCAGGGGUCUGAGGUACCUCGAUAUCAGUGACAUCGAGAUGGCAACUUUACUCCGAGAGGCCAAAUGGCCCAUACGCUGCGCAUUGUGGACGAGAAAACCUUCAGUUACCGACUUGAUGAUUAGAAUGGGCGAAGAUGUCAACGCAACGGACCCGGAAGGACUGUCAGCACUACUCGAAGCCGCUGCAAUUCGCGACUGCGCACAAGUCGCUCUUCUGAUCAAGAGAGGUGCAAACAUUCAUCAAAAAACAGUUCGAUGGGGCAAUGCCUUAUCCAUUGCGGUGAUGUCCGGCAUCAAAGGUACCAGUAGCCUCAAGAUAAUGUCUAUGCUGAUGGACAGAGGUCUGAAUCCCAACGAGAUCAUUCAACACACCGAGUACGACGCCGAAAGUCCAUUCCAGCUGGCACUUCUCUACGGCAACCAGAGAACCGUCGAGUUUCUCAUAGAAAGCGGAGGUAACCUUAGAUAUGUUGAUUCCAAGGGAAGAACUGCGCUGCAUUUGGUUGCAUGUAAUCAAGAUGCUGAAGUGAUGAACAUCCUGCAAAGGAGUAACACAGUGACCAACUGGGACGUGAGGAGCUUCGACGGGCUGAACGCGUUCCACUUCGCGGCGUGGAGCGGCAACACCAAGGUAGCCAAGAUCCUGCAGAGCAACGGUACAAGAAUCGACGGCAAAACCAAUCUGGGCGUCACACCACUGAUGUACGCGUUGAUGAGUUAUACCAGCCACAACUUCUGGCCGUCUGAUCGUCGGCCUGCGAUAAAAAAGAAUCUCAUCUUGAUGAUUCAGUUUUUGCUGUAUAACGGUGCCAGAGUAGACGAAGAGACCACGCAGGGCCAAACGCCGCUGUCGUUCGCCUACAGAAAGAUGACAGUGGCGCGUAUUCUUCUGCGAAGACUCGCUCUUUUCGAGAUAAUGCAAAUAGGGGUCAGUGAGAAAGAUAUGUACAUCAUAUACUCCAGGGACGAGUUGCGCGACUACUUCGACAGCUGCACGGCGGAACUAAGGAAGAUGAAAGCCUGCAAAGUUCACGAAGGUGUGAGCAUGCUGAGGAUACUGAAAGGUACGAGCAGUGACUUUGCUCAGUGGGCAGCGGACGAGGAGAUGAAAAAAGCCUUUAAUGAAAAGAUCACCGACUUCUCGAUCUACAGAAGAAUGGUCGAAGCGAAAUUUUGUAAAUCAGUUCAGGCGUAG